AUGAAGAUGACAUCUCAGAGACAUGCCAGUUAUCUCUCAAAUGAUCUGGACGAUGAUGUUACCCUGGUUUUCCCUAAGCCUAGUUGGCAGCUCAGAGCCAGCCUUGCCUCUGUGUUGAUCACCCCUGUCCUCUACCAACUCUACUUCAUUAUGGUCACCAUCAGAUACAUACUCUUCUUACAAACUUUUUCCUCUCCCCCACGUCCUGCUUGCCCUAUGGUUGACUUGAGUUGGACCGGAGUGUUUCCUUGUGAGCUGGGAUGGAGGGGGAGUGCACUGGCCGUUCUCAUUCUGUCAGCUGUGCUUAUCACCUGCUACUCACUCAUCACUGCCUGCUUGGUGAGAUGGAACCCUCGGAAACAAUGGAACUCAACCACAUCAGUUUUUGAUACUCAAGAAAAGCCGAUCAAGUUCCAAGUGAGAGCUCAGAGCACUAAUCGGCCCCCCACUCUCAGUCUGUAUAUACUGUUACUGAUAUUCCGCUUACUGUUACAGUCAGGAGAUGUUGAAGCAAACCCUGGACCAACGCUUGGCUCAAUUCUGACUCUCGGUGAUGUGAAUUUUGUUUACAAGAACUUGAUAAAAGCUGCUGGAGACUGGUUAGACCUGGGACUUGAUCUGGGAUUAGAUCCUGGCACCCUCAAAGAUAUAAAAGAUGAGUGUCACAGGAACAAGGACUGCUUACGUGAAAUGAUAUCUGCUCGCUUGAAGACUGGCCCUCUCACCUAUUCUGACAUAUGUCAAAGUCUCAGAGCACCAACAGUUGCACGGAAUGAUGUCGCUGAGGCUAUAGAGGAGGCAUGUACAGCAGAUGACGAUACUUCACCUGGGCCAUCUAAGAAGAAAUUGUCCACAACGACUCCUGGACCAACCAUGACUCCAUUUGAUGCUGACAGUCACUUCACUAUGAGAGCUAUUGAUCGCCUCAAAGUCUCAGCAGGAAUCUCUGUGAAAGAGGAGCUUGUACAACACACCUCACCCACUGCCUUCCUAGCUGUUGCUGGUGUGGAUGUUUGGGAGAUGUAUAACUACAUCUUGGGAGAGUGGGAGUCAGGACGUGGACCACACCCACCCACAUGGACAGAGCUGUUCAGAGUUCUCAAGGAGAUAGGCUUGAGUGAGCUGGCUGGUCGGAUAGAGAAGUACUUAAGAGGGUCGGUUCCCGAGGACCCACCUCGACCACCCCCUGAUGAGGAAGGUGACUCAGAGGAGGAGAAAGAUGAUGAAACACCGAAACAAGAAAAUCUCAGGCUAAACAAUGUACUGGCUGAGUACAUUAGUGCUAAUAUUCUACUGAAGAAUAUUCAAUUGAAGAAGGCGAAUAUCAACCUUGAGCAUCAUUUGAAAUCUGAGAAGGUGAAAGAAGAGCAACUAGACCCAGCUUCUAUCAAAGAGGAGCCAACAUUUGAUAAAAAUAAUCAGUCACCCUCAUCUCCCCUGAAGCAUAUCAAACAGGAAACCAAAGCUGAUCCACAGACCACUAAAGUGAAAAGUGAAGAACCAGUCUCACAGCUACUACCUUUGGGAUUGUCUACUGUACAGCAUCAUGCAAUACCAUUCAACCUCCCUGGUGUUGAAGUUGUGGCCAGCACGUGUGUGAUAGUCACCAACUCACCCCAAACCUUCCACUGGGAUGGCUAUGGGUUCAAGCUCACCAUACCCCAGGGCUCCUUGCCAGCUGGUGUUGACCAGUGUCGACUAGACAUCAAGGCCAGUGUAGCUGGACAGUACCUGUUUCCCAACAAUCUCCAGUUGGUUAGUGGUGUCUUCUGGAUACGUCCUCUUCCCUCGGGUCGAUUCCAACAGCAGCUGACAGUUGAGAUACAGCACUGUGCCAAGAUGACCAGCUCCACCAAGCUCUCAUUUGUGAGAGCACAUUGCUCCCAGGAGAGUCUGCCCUAUACAUUCAAGCACCUCGAAGGCUGUGGCUCUUUCACUGAGCACAGUUCGUAUGGAUCACUGGAGCUGAGCCAGUUUAGUGGGCUGGCUGUGACAGGAGAGAAUGUGGAGAGAGUGUACACUGCCAGCCUCUACUACCUUGGCUCAGAGCUGUACAGCAGGGAAAUACAUUUUGUUGUUAACUGGGAUAAUGAUAUUCAUAACACAUUUGUGAGUGAGAAGUACUCCACUAAAGAAGCCAUUCUCGGAGUGAAUCAUUUUGUUGAGUUCGAGGGGGACAGGAUAACACUGGAUAUUCCUAUUGACGGUACUAAAGUCAAAGGAGGAUGGAAAAUAACGCCAAUGUUUCAUCCUACGGUCAUCAAGAAGAAUGUUGAUCAGUUCAAGCCAGGACAGAGAAUUCCGCACUGCCACUUGAAAGCCGAGAUUACCAACAAACGCAGGAAAUCUGCUCCAAAGCUGUCACACAAAGUCAAUCUAUUGGGUGCAAAGGAUCCCUUCCAAUUCACCACUAUUGAUCUAGACCUCCAAAGUACUCUUCCACAGUCCAAACCAUCAACCAUAAUUGGUGUUAAGAGAAAAAAAGAGGACAAAAAAGACGAGUCAGGAAGACCAACGCUUGGCUCCAUUCUGACUCUCGAUGAUUUGGGGUCUGUUAAUGAGAAACUGAUCAAAGUCGCUGGUAACUGGAAGGAACUAGGACUUGCCCUGGGAUUACAUUCUGGAACCCUCAAAAAUAUAGAACAAGACUAUCGCAAGAGCAAGGACUAUCUACGUGAAAUGCUAACUGUUUGCUUGGAGACUGCCAAUCUCACCUAUUCUAAAAUAUGUCAGAGUCUCAGAGCACCAGCAGUUAGACAAGAUGCCCUCGCUGAUGCUAUAAAGGAGGAAUUUACAGAUGAUGAUACUUCGCCUGGGCCAUCUAAGACGCCAAAAUUGUCUUCUGGACCAACCAUGCAGUGAUUAAAUCACCUUAGUUAAUCGGCUUAAUUUAUGUUGAUAGUGAUAGAAUAAAACAUAAUUAUCUCAAAGAUUACUGUACGUACAUUAUUCAAGUAUAAGAAAGUUUGGUCCUAUAUAAUAAGGUAUAUAAUUAUUUCUCCUAUACAUAUAGUUUGGAGGACCCAAUAUUGAAUGUUCCACUUUAUUAUCUUCGUUUCAAAACCCAAAUCCGAUAAUUGUUCCACCAUUCAUCUCAGUAACCAGAUGAAGCAAUAGGAACUUAUCGAUCCUACUUCAUGGUAUUUACUGAUACAA